AUGUCUAACUUGUCUCCCCAAGGCAGUUUUAAAUUUAUGCCAGACCAGCAAGUUGGGCUGCCAGCUUACUUGGCUCCCGAGGAAGGAUUCACACCUGCUGAACAAAACCAGAACCCAAUAAACGCAGAACAACAAUGGUGCAGCAACCAGAGAAGCAGGCCAAAUCAGCACCAGGGUCAACUCCACCACCUCUGCAGACAUCUAGAACAUCCUAAUGAGUGUGAUCAGCACCACCGACAGCUCCCCAGGCACCUCCAAAAUCUCAUGGGUCAGCGGCAUGACUAUCAACAACAGAAUGAGUCUUCCAGCAGUGAGGAUGUCCAGAAGCCAUCACAGCAGGGCACCAACAGCUAUCGAAAGAAUGAACAGCAUCCUCUAGAACAUUCCAAGAAUCCUCAACAUGGUCCUAAACCUUGCAUUAUCUCCAGUCAUAUGGACAGCCCUCAAGGCAUUCUUCGAAAGCAUAGCCGGGCACUCAGCUGCAAGGACUUAGGAACUGAUCACUGUGACUCUCCAGACAGCGGGCGUCAUCAGAACCGCAAGUCUAGCUUUUUGUCCAGGGUGUUGUCAGAAAGCCAGCUGGACACAGACUCAGACACCUCAGACUCACGAAAUGGUUCUGGCUCAGAUGCCAAACACAGAGAUGAUAGCAGUCUUCCGAACACACCACCACUUCCUUCCGCAAUGGGACGCAGAAUGUCAAUGGCAAGUAGACCCAAGCGACCUUCCUUCUAUACCCUGCUAGUGUGAGUUAUUGCUCCUUAGCAUAGCGCUAGCUUAGGUCUUGGGCUUUACUGGUUCGUUCAGAAUUGUGAUCAAAUAGAGCGGAAAAUAAUUUUGAGUUCUUUCAUACCAAGUUAAGUCUUUGAGAAAUAUAACUGUUGCAGCAGAAAGGCAUUUUAAAAACAAAACAAAAUGAAAGGCAUCAGACACUAUGAAUCUUAUGGGGGGGGGAAUUGGGAAUGGGGGAGGUGCAUACAAUCAAAUAGUGUUGCCACUGCUAUCAAUGUUAAUAUUAAUGUAAAGACUUGUCUUCCACACGUGAACAAACAGGGUAAACAGUAUUUCCCUGAAUCCUCCUUGAAGCAUACUUUACCCUAUUUUUCAGUUUGGGAACUGAGGUUAAGGGCACCAUGAAGGGUACAUUAUCUCCACAGCUGAGUAGGAUUUUAAACUCUAUUUUUCAGCAGUUAUGAGGAUGUGCCAUCAAAUCACAGAUCAGCUAUAAACUCACAAGGUGGUCUAAGAUAAGCCAAAGACCUCUUAGACUCAGCUCCAACCUUUGAUAUGGGUAUCAUAACACUGGUCUAACAAAGCAUUCUGAGGCUUGAAACCUCUUAGCCCCUCUGCUAUAUACAUGGCUUCCAUUGUGUCCUGCUCACAGUGACCCGUCUUGUGUGUGCACACCCUCUAGGGGACAGGAGGGUCCAUUAUCCCAGCAGGUGAAUGUGAUCAAGGGUAUGUAUGUAUCUCAGAAUUCCUCCCCAAACCAUGAUGCCACAAUGUUAUGUAGACACCAUGCAGAUCAAUCAGCUGAGUGACCUUUACAGUCAUAUCAAGUGAAUGUGACCUAUGCAGUUAGAAAUUGUACAGUAAUAAAAUAUGAGUGUGGGUGCAUUUCCAAGCAGAGAUUUUCUGCUCCUUUAUGAGCUAAACAAGAAUUAACUGAGACUGGUCUCUUAUCAUGCGGUGAUGCAGGCUUGCCUUCUUCUAACCUGUUCAAUUGUCAGGAUUCUGCCUCCAUACUAAUUUUGGCUGGUAAUUGCUUCCAACUGGUAGUUUGAGCUAAGCAUUACCACGGUCCUGCAACCAUUCCAAUUCAGAGAAAGGCUCAGUGUACGAUAACACUUGUUUUCCUAAGAAGCAUAGGCUCAUCUGCCGCAUAGUUAGGCGAUGCUACCUGAGAGGUUCUUAUGUGGCUGCCAUGUGGUACUUUGUGAGUUUCACUUUAAAUGCCUGGACAGAACCCAGAAAGAGGACAAGAGGUCAUGGCUCACCACACAUUCAUUAGACUGCCUGCAUGUUCCAUGACCAUAGGCACUGCUCCCUCUACAUCAUAGACAGGAAACUUAUGCCCUACCCAUAUUCAACUCCCAUCAGCCCCAGCCAGCAUGGCCAGGAUCUAGAGCAGGUGUGGGAGAACCUAUGACCCUCCAAAUUCCCAGCCUCAUGCUCUAUGGCAAUAAUGCCAAAGGGCCAAUGGGAAUCGUAGUUCAUCAACAUAUCUAUGAAUAUCUAGAAAAAUCUGGAGGGCUAAUGAUUCCUCACACCUGAUCUAGUAGGCUACAGGUGCUCCACCCCUGGGCUCCCUUUCUACCUCUGCACUGACAAUGGGGUGGGUCAGAGCUUUAGCUGCCCAUCUCAUUCCUACCCUCAAAACUGUUUACUAUAAAGAUGCUUUAUGUGGGGCUGCCCUUGUUUCUGGUCUGGAAGCUGUAACUUCCAGCGGCCAGACUGCUCAUGGGAGAAAGCUACAUGUUACUCUUGCUGAGAGAGCCGCACAGGUUGCCAGCUUGCUGCUGGACCAGGUUCAAGGUUAUUGUGUUAGUUCACAAAGCCCUACAGAACUAGGGCCUAAAGUACCUUAAAAACCACUUGGUUCCUUAAAUAUUCCACUGCCAAGGGGGAAUUUGGGUAGCCCUUCAUGCCUGUCAGGUUUGGUCAGCCUUUCCCAGGCACCAAGCUUUCAGUGUUGCAGCCCCUACCCUGAGAAACUCCUUGCCAAUGGAAGUCCCUCAGGACAUCUUUGCUUCCUUUUAGAUGUUGAAACCUGUACUGUUCAGACGGGCCUUUGGAACUUGAUUUUGUUGUUUUUAACUAACCAGUUUUAUUGAUAUGCUAUUAUAGUAGCUUAUGUUUGAUAUGCUAUUAUAGUAGCUUAUGUUUCCACACUGCACGCCACCUUGUUGUUUUUCUAUCAAAGUGUGGUUUAUAAAUAUAUAUAUAUUUAAAUGGUUUAAUGAAACAAACCAGGUUCAAACCUGGCUCACGCCACCCAGCCAGCAUGACUGAUGGUCAGGGUCAGAUGAUGGGUAGUUGUAGUCCAACAACACCUGGAAGGCAUCUGUAGUUUAAAUUAAUCAGAGCUCCAAGUUCAGAUGUAAGGGGGAACUCACACUAGCAGAUGCUUCCACUGUGACAGGACAUCUUAAACAAGUAAGAUGGCUCACUUUCAGAGAUUGGAUAUUGGGCCUUGUGGGCUGCUACAUUCUUAUAUUUCUGAGAAAAUAUUAUUUGUUUGCACUACUUACUAUGCUGUUCAGCUGUUGACUGAGCUCUGCUGUUUAGGCAACAAGUGUUUAUGUGGUUGAACAGGACCCAAGAAGUCCUGGGCAAUUGAUUUUCCUCUCCCAAUUGAAUUGUUAAAAGCCAUGACAUGUACAGCUCCAUUUGCUGGAUUGGUUGAAGCAGCAGCAUUGACCAGCACAGCAACUGAAAUGUGGCUUUGUUGCUUAGAGAAUGGGGCAGACAGAGCAAAGCUAGUCCUGUCCUGCUACUCAGAAACACCCUGAGUGACAAGAGAUUGAGGGCAGACAAAGGGAAGUACUUUGACACAAAUUCAGAAACGGCCACUAGCUUAGAUCGCUUUUUAAAGGGAUCCUAUAAAUUCAUGGAGGACAGAUCUGUUAUAUCAGAAAUGUGAAACCAUUUGCAUCCCCUGCCCCAAGGCACUGUUGAACCACAACCCCCAUGAUCCUUAACCAUUUUGCGAUGGUAGCUGCAGCUGAUGCGCCACCACUUCCACAUCUUCUGGAGCAGGGGUCAGCAAACGCUUCCAGCAGGGGGCCGGUCCACUGUCCCUCAGACCUUGUGGGGGGCUGGACUAGAUUUUGUGGGGGGAAAUGAACAAAUUCCUAUGCCCCACAAAUAACCCAGAGAUACAUUUUAAAUAAAAGCACACAUUCUACUCAUGUAAAAAUACGCUGAUUCCUGAACCUCCGCGGGCCGGAUUUAGAAGGCGAUUGGGCUGUAUCCGGGCCUUAGUUUGCCUACCCAUGAUCUGGAGGGCUACAGCUUCUCCACCACUCUCAUAUUCUGAGGCAAUAGAUGACUGGAAAGUAUUUGUUGGGGGCCAAACAGCAGGACAGAAGUACUGCUUGUGACUGGACUAGGCUGACCUUGGUUUAAUCCAGCAGGGUGGUUGUUGUGCUUUUAAGAUGAAGCACUGAGCUGGUGUGGCUGACCUGCAUCCCUCAGUAUAUUGUUGGACUCUAGCUCCCAUCAGUCUCAGCAUAACCAAUGGUUUGAGAUGAUGGGAACAUCCAGAGGGAAACAGAUUUGUCACUCCUUCACUAAACUGUAAACAAAACAGGUAAGUUAAAACUAAAAUAAUCUAUAAAUCUAUUGAGAAUGAACAUUUCACUGAACCUUCUUUCUUCUUCUACAAGCCAAGUCAGUUUCUUUCUCUUUUCUCUUUCAGAAUGUGCUACUAGAACUAUCAUCUAUCAUGAAAAAAUAA